AUGCGCAGUUGGCGCAACCAAGCAGUCAAGCGAGCUCAACCAGCCGCCUUGAGAGCUACCACACAACACCGUGAUCUGGGCUUCACUACAUUAUUGUUGAUGCUUGUGUCCUGGCCGGACGUGCAAUACCCUCACAUUUUGGUGUAUGGGUUGCCAGCUGUGGCCACAUCUUGGCCAUGUGAUGUUUUUCCGCAGCAGGAGGUAGAGCCCAUCUCGCUGGAGCAAGUCUUCACAGACUGGCAGACGCACAAUGCGGCAUUGCGCAAAACCCUCAAACCUAGCAAGGACGAUGCCUUCUUGUUGGAACAAUCAUGGCAGGAGUGA